GUGACUUUUGAAGACGAUGCGUCUUCUAAGGAAUUAGAGGAAUGUGAGUCAGAAAAAGUUUUCUCUCAUUGCCAACAAGAAACUGCAUUUUUUUUUCCAUCCAUAACACCUGGACCAGCAACAACUCUCAUCGUUAGAUUGUGUUGUUACCCCAUGUGCCACCAUUUCAAUCACCAGAUAAUAUAAUGAAUGUCAUGUGGCUCAUUUUCAGACAUUCUAUAUUUCACAAAGACUCAGUCAACACAAGGAUGCAAAUCUUUUUCAACUAUCAGAUUGACCAGGUUAAGGUGGAGCGAUUACUCAAUAGGGCCGGACAUUACCCCAUCAACUCAAGAGCUUUGCACUCGCGAUAAGGGGUUGGUCUUAUUAAUACUCUACUAAGACUGGGGACACUCAGUGAACCACCUUGGAGCCUUGCAAGUACUUUUCAAGAAGAUUAAAGUGGCCGACCUUUUCCAAGAGGAAACUUCGUUAUUGCACAUGUUCAUAUGUACUGUGCACAGAUGAAUUUGCUCAAACAUGUUUGGUUUCCUAAAGCACUGAAAAAUCUACUGCUAAACCACUGACGCGCAUUGAUUUGUGGAAAUGGACUUUUUUUUUUUUUCCUCCAAAAACUCCUAAUUUUCAUUACUCGUGGAGUACUCAGCUCAAGAUAUCAUAAGCUCAUUUUGGAAAGUUAUUGAGACACUGAAGCACCUAUCAUGGCACAUUUUGUACCAAAUGUGACCAGAAUUCUGUAGGUGUGAAGAUGGCUUCAAAUUCAGUGAAGAUUGUUUGUUUUGUGUCCAUGUGAUGUCUACGCCCUCGAUGACCAUUAAUGCUAAAUGUGCUUUCUAUUCUACUUUUAGGUCAAGUGAUGGCAUGUGUGUUAAAAGAUGUUUUUUUGCCAUGUUUAUCCUUAUUAAAUCCCUCAGAUGUUACUGAUACAGACGAUGGUACUCGUGACAAUUCUAAGCCCGCACCUUCAGAGGACAUCCUCUCUCAGCCUGAAGCUGAGGUCCACGGUGAGGCCCUGCCAGAGUCCAUGGGUGAUUCAGAGACUGAACCUGAACGAGAACCUGAUACUGAAGACCCCACCGUGGUGGCAGAUGGUGACUGUGAGAAGGAGUCUGAAGAUGACCACAUGACUGAGGGUGAAGCCGUAUCUGAGCAUCAGCCAGAACCAGAGGAGAAGAGACUGCCUGAGCCAGAUGCGGAGCCUGAGCCAGAUGCGGAGCCUGAGCCAGAUGCGGAGCCUGAGCCAGAUGCGGAGCCUGAGCCAGAUGCGGAGCCUGAGCCAGAGGCGGAGCCAGAGGCGGAGCCUGAGCCUGAGCCAGAGCCAGAGGCGGAGCGUGAGCCAGAGCCAGAGGCGGAGCGUGAGCCAGAGCCAGAGGCGGAGCUUGAGCUUGAGCUUGAGCCAGAGGGGGAAGCUGAGCCAGAGGUGGACCUGGACCUUGAACCAGAGGUGGAGCCGGAGGCGGACCCGGAGCUUGAGGCAGAGGCAGCGGUUGAGCCUGAGCCUGAGCCUGAUCUGGAUCUAGAAGCUGAUGCAGAUGACCCAGACGGGGGAGCUGAGCUAGGGGAUGCGGACCCAGAUGAGACAGAUCUGGCUGAUAUGGAAGAAGACACUGUGCCAUCCUCUAAGGAGGCAGAGGAUGAUCACUUGUCGGUCUCAAUGCAGAAUGAAGAUGCCAUUACCUUAGAUGUAGAUGGUGAUGAUCUCCUGGACACAGGUAAACAUGUGAAACUUCCAGAUUCAGAGGCAGAGAAGAGCACUGAUGAACCAGGGCCUUCUGCUGAGAUGGGCCCUGAUGAUGAUGAUGAUGAUGAUGAUGAUGAUGAUGCCAAAGAAGAUGAGACGGCCGGCCCCAGAGAUGGUAAGAAGGAUGACGCAUCCAAGGGUGAAGCUGUGAAGAAAGCUGAAAGCGGAGACAAAGAAAAGGAUUCUGGGAGGAAAGGCCCCUCUUCUACUGGGGCAGGUCAAGCAAAGAGCACUAGAGAUGGUGACGGAAAAGGUUCAGUGGAUGAAAAGGGUAAAGAAUCUUUAAUUUUCAGUGAAAUAUUUAGUUAUGCACAAUGUGACAAAGUUACUAAUGACUUUGUAGGACUGGUCAGCGGUGGCAGCUUUUCACGUAAUUUAUGGGUCAGUGGUUUGUCAUCCAAUACCAAGGCAGCAGAUCUCAAAAAUCUGUUUGGAAAAUAUGGCAAGGUUUUGAGUGCCAAAGUGGUAACAAAUGCUCGGAGUCCAGGGUCAAAAUGCUAUGGCUUGGUAACUAUGUCAUCAAGUACAGAGGUGACACGAUGCAUCUCACAUCUUGAUUGCACUGAACUCCAUGGACAACAGAUCUAUGUUGAAAGGGCAAAAAAUGAUCCGUUUAAAAAAGAUCCUGCAAAGAAGGAAGAAGAUAAAAACAGUUCGAGCAAAUCAAAUGAUAAGCGCAGUUCAACUGGUGCAAAAACAACCAACAAAACACAAACGUCUUACAAAAAGGAAGACAAGAAAUCCUCUGACAAGGACAAAGAGUUCUCCAAGAAACAAGAUGUUAAAAGUGGAAAGUCUGGUGAUGGAGUUACUUCAAGCUCAAGUCAAGAGUGUCCAAAAAAGGAUGAUAGGAAGCACAGCAGAACUAGAAGUCCAGGAAAAAUGGCUGGUGUGGGUCACAACAAAGAUUACAACAAAAUGAGACCAUUCCGACAAGGAAGAUAUGUGGACAAGCCAUUUAACAAUAUACAACGUUGGCCAAAAUGGUUGGUUCCUCCUGAAGAGCUAGAACUUAUGAAAAGCAAACAAACAGAUUUUCCAGACAGGGGAGAAGAUCAAGAAAUUGUUCCAUUUGAAAAGAUGAAACAACAAAGAAUGCGUGAACGCAUGGAACGUGCCCGUCGAGCCGAGGAGCUUCGAAGGCGGCGCCAAAUAGCAGAGCAAGCACGUAGAGAACGAGAACGUGAACGCCAGGAACGAGAGAACCUGUUACGGGAGCGAGAGAGACUUGAGAUGGAAAGGCAAAAACUGGAACGAGAACGCCUUGAAAGGGAAAGACUUGAAAGGGAGAGAAUUCGCAUUGAGCAGGAGCGGCGAAAAGAAGCUGAGCGAUUGGCCCGUGAACGUGAGGAACUGCGUAGGCAGCAUGAGCAGCUUCGCUAUGAGCAAGAAAAGAGGAAUAACCUGAAAAGAGGGCGAGAAGUAGAACAUGGCCGUAGAGAUGAUCAAUAUUGGAAUGGAAACAAGAAAAUCCAAUCAGAGGAUGUUCGUUUGAACCAAGCCUCGAAUUACAACCGUCAACAAAACAGAUUUAGCAACUCGUUCAACAAUCCCAGAGAAAGGGGCCGCUUCCCAGAGGCUUCAGAGCAGCAUUCAUUUGAAAGGAGAAACAGAUUUGAUGGUGAACCACCUGUGAAGAAAAAUCGCCCUGGUUUUGAUCGCUAUCCAAAAGACUUUGACUCAGUUGGGAGAGGUGAACCUUCCUCGCGUACAGGGGAUAAAGAUCGCAGGGACAGAGAUGAAAGGCGGCCAGUGCCCAUGCAUGAUCGUCCGAUGGGAGCUAGAGCCCCAAUGCCUGGUAUGUCACAUAAUCGCUCACCCAGAGAUGGUGUACAUGGAUGGAAGAAUGAUGGCGGCAUGAAUGUUAACAAGGGAGAACUACGUGGAACUAUGCGUAUGCGGGACGAUCGUCCUGGCAGAGAUGGCCCAGGACCUGCAGUACGAGGGGGCUCUGCUGGCACCCAUGGUAGAAACUUUAAUGAUCGAGAUGGACGACCUAUGGUCAUGAACCAACAACCUUUUAGCUCCGGCCGUCAGGUGGUUGUUGAGCGUCAAAACAGAGAUCAGGGCUUGAGAAAAGAAUGGCAUAGUGGAGCUGGCUCCCAAAGUGCCGGCUUUGUUGAGAACAGGAGAAUGGGGGACUCUCGGAGCAGCAUGAUGGCUCCACCCUCUAGUCACUCCUCUGGAAUGAAUCGAAUUGUACAGAUCACCAACAACUCCCUUUCAAGUGGAGGAAACGUGGGUGGAUUUAAACAAUUCAAAACAACACAGCGAUACUAAUGACAAUUUACUUUUUUUCUCAUAUUUUGAGCUAUCCUAAUUUAAUUUUUAUGCCAACUGUUUUAAGUGGCAUUUAAGUUGCCAUCGGGUGUUUCACAUUUUUAUUUUGGAAGUACCUCAGUGUAGGACUCUCUGGGCAGUUUUGCUGUUAACAUUAAAAAUCAACUGCAUAAUUUUACUUCUGUGAUGUUGUACAGCUGUGGGUGUUUGUAAGUAAUAUCAUAAAUCUGAGUGUAUUUUUAGUACCUUACACUUUGUCAAUGUCUUUAUUUAAUGUAUGAUAUAGACACUUGUUUAGUAUCUUAUUGACAUUUGAGUCAGUGGCAUUUACUUUUGAAACAACAUUUUUUGGUCUUAACAUACAUGAGCUAAAAGCUUUACCUACUGUGGUUUAAGAACAAUAUGAUUUUGUCAUUUAAUGUUCACCAGUACAAGGAGUAAAGAUCAGUGGGCCAAUGUUACAACCCAACUGUUUGUGGUAUGCUUUAGCUUGUCAGUUAGUAUUGCAUGUAAAUAAGUCAGAUCUUCCUGAUAAACUCGAAUAGAGAUUUCACAAGCCAAAUGCCGCACAACCAUUGAACAUUUCAUGUUUUUACCCUUAGUCCAUGUAUGUGAAAUUAUGCUACUAAAUACAGACUUCUGUUCCAUU